UUGACACGCACAGAUAGAACCCAAAGAAAGGCAAAGAGUCCUGCCCGGCACCGGCGCCGCGCGGGCCGAACCUGCGCCCGGGGAGGGGCGCGCAGAGGGCACCGGGCGCCCGGAGCAGGCGGCGCAGCACCAGCAUCGUGUUAGUGCCGGGAGGCCACAGAGUCAGCAAGCUGAGAGGGAAACUGAGGCAAGAUGUCGGGCCGGAGUGGGAAGAAGAAAAUGUCCAAGCUGUCCCGUUCAGCCCGGGCUGGUGUCAUCUUCCCGGUGGGGCGGCUGAUGCGUUACCUGAAGAAAGGGACAUUCAAGUACCGGAUCAGCGUGGGUGCUCCUGUCUACAUGGCAGCGGUCAUCGAGUACCUGGCAGCGGAAAUCCUAGAAUUGGCUGGGAAUGCUGCAAGAGACAACAAGAAGGCCCGGAUAGCCCCAAGACACAUCCUUCUGGCAGUUGCCAAUGACGAGGAGCUCAACCAGCUACUAAAAGGAGUGACCAUCGCCAGCGGAGGCGUCCUGCCCAGAAUUCACCCCGAACUGCUGGCUAAAAAGCGAGGGACCAAAGGCAAAUCGGAAACUAUCCUCUCCCCACCCCCAGAGAAAAGAGGAAGGAAAGCCACGUCAGGCAAGAAGGGUGGCAAGAAAUCCAAGGCCGCCAAACCACGGACGUCCAAGAAGUCCAAAGCAAAGGACAGCGAUAAAGAAGGGACUUCAAAUUCCACCUCUGAAGAUGGGCCGGGGGAUGGGUUCACCAUUCUGUCUUCGAAGAGCCUUGUUCUAGGGCAGAAGCUGUCCCUGACCCAGAGUGACAUCAGCCAUAUUGGCUCCAUGAGAGUGGAAGGCAUCGUCCACCCAACCACAGCCGAAAUUGACCUCAAGGAAGACAUAGGUAAAGCCUUGGAAAAGGCAGGGGGGAAAGAGUUCUUGGAAACGGUAAAGGAGCUUCGCAAAUCCCAAGGUCCUUUGGAAGUUGCUGAAGCCGCUGUCAGCCAAUCCAGCGGACUCGCAGCCAAAUUUGUCAUCCACUGUCACAUCCCUCAGUGGGGCUCUGACAAAUGUGAAGAACAGCUCGAAGAGACCAUCAAAAACUGCCUGUCAGCGGCCGAGGACAAGAAGCUCAAGUCCGUCGCAUUCCCACCCUUCCCCAGUGGCAGAAACUGCUUUCCCAAACAGACAGCAGCCCAGGUGACCCUCAAAGCCAUCUCGGCCCACUUCGAUGACUCGAGCGCGUCCUCGCUGAAGAACGUGUACUUCCUGCUCUUCGACAGCGAGAGCAUCGGCAUCUACGUGCAGGAGAUGGCCAAGCUGGAUGCCAAGUAGCCGGUGCUUCCCGGCAGCGGUCAGAGGCACGAAGUCACAAGAGUGGGGUUUUAUUUUUCACAAGGAGAGCAGGAGGGUGACUGCAGGGGAGUGGAGGGCGGCUGAAAGGGAAGCGGGUAGCAGAGGCUGCGGGAGCAGGUCCUGCCCAGGGAAGGAGCCCUCUGUAUUUUAUAUCCUCAUCAAAAGAGCCUCAGUCUGUAAUUAAGCAGGUCUCCACCAGGGGUUUCUUUCCAUGUGUUUCCUUCCUGUUGUUUUAGAACUUUUUAAGAAAAAAACAGACCUCAUUUUAGAUGUAUAGCAUUGACUUUUACACACACACCACACAAAAAAUAAUAAUCCUUUUAAAAUUCUUAUAUCUUCUGUUCCUCCUUUUUCCAAGGGAAGAGGGCAUAAAAGGGGCUCGGGCUCUGUCGGUGGUCUGUGUUCUACGGUGAGGAGAAGAAGGAAAAGACGGCUCACUGGUGCUUUUCUCUUUGUUUGGUGCCCCCCACUCCUCUGUAAUAUUGUAACUACUCCUACAAAGUUUUUGCUUCAGGCUUUUGUUUUGUUUUUUUAAAGAAAAAGAAAAUGAGAGGAAAAAAUAAAAGAUCCAGUGUCUUUCUUACAACAUACUCUUUUAUUGCAUUUUUACUUUGGAAAUCCAUGACCCCGGGAAUGGCUACCUCUAGACUGUCAGAAGUCACUAGAACAAAGCCUGCUGCUGCUAGCGGGCUGAGAUUCCCGCCAUGCCGGGCCCCAAGUCGGACAGCACCAAGGCCUGUUUCUCAGGCCGCAGGUCCUGCUCCUGGGAGGGGCGGGCCUAUAGACACGUCCCGAAGAACAAAGCCUUGGAUAAAAAGGUACAGGAGGGGUAACCAUGCUCUGGGAAGAAGGUAUAUUCUCACUUAGGCCUAAGCGACACAAUGGCCCAGACUUAGGGGUCACAGCCCAGACAGGGGGCCACAGCCUAGACAGGGGAUAGGCUGAGGACCCCAGUGAAGCUGGUGUCCUGAAGACUGUCCAGAUACCCAGGGUCCACCAUCAAAAGCUGGCGGGGGAGUAGGAAGAUGAGGGCAGGGCAGUCAGGGCCUGUAUCUGUUCAGACGAACUCAGCAACCACUUCUGCCAUGGAGAUUCAAACCAGGUGAUCCAGAACAGGCUUCUCCCUAUCAGAAGGUCAGUUGGUGGUGCACAUGACUGCCACAUAGCUAGGACUCCGGAAAAUGACACUGGGUAGCCAACAAAUCAGAAGCAUGAAGUCCCUCCAGACCCUGCUUCUUACCACAGCAUCAGCUAGGAUUUUGUCACUUACAAGUAUGCCCAUGACAAUGACCUGGAGAUACAGUGCUGAAUGCCCCUCUGUCUCCUGCAGGCGACCCAAUACCAAGGAGCCUGGUCUCUCGGAUGCUGCUUUAAUGCCUCCAAGGCUGGCAGGCCAGACUUUAGUCUUACCCGUUAGCUUUAUAGAACCUCACAAUCUGAGGAUGGCCACAAGGAGGGAAACUUUGAUUCGUCUUAAAUGGAACCUAUGAUAUACAGUUAGGAUCUAACAAUAGAAAUGUGGAAAGGUCUGCGAAGAUUAAAAGAAUAUUAAGGACGAACCCUGAGUAAGGGAGUUCGGAACUGGGCUGCUAUUAACAACCUGGCUGCUGGAGGAGACAUGGUUUCCCCACCCUGGAGGUGAGGGGAGAGGUUCGGAGUGCAGGCCAUUUCCACCCCGGCUCCCCAGACUCAGGGGUAUUG